AUGGAGAUCCAGUUUCUAAGGAUUUUGAUAACACAUCUGAAUUAGAAUCCUCUCCCCGAGUCUAUUUUCAAGGAAAAAGUUGUAGUGGUAGUGUUGUUUCAAAACCCUAAAGAUGCAGCUGUUUCGUUUUUCCAUUUCCAUAACAAUGGAAUGCAAAGUGUUCCCAGUUACAGCUCCAGGGGUGAGUUCUUCUCAGGAUUCAUGACAGAUCUCUGGGGAUCCUGUUUUGAUCCUGAAGUCACCUGGAACAAAUACAUUGAAGAUAAGAAUAUUAUGGUCAUAAUAUAUGAAGACCUGAAAGGGAACCUGACUGCCAGUGUAAAGCAGAUAGCUGCAUUCUUUGGAUUCUCACCAACAGCUGAGCAGAUCAAGGCCAUUGCAGAAAGGCAUACUUUCCAGCCAGGGAGUGUUAAAGCUCAGGAGACUCAUGGUGCUGUUGGCUUGAUUCUUUUCCAUAAAGGUGAUUUUGGAGACUGGAAAAAUGUUUUCAAUGAAGCUCAGAACCAGUCACUGGCUGCCAAAUUCACAGUGAGCUUAGAAGUAGCUAAGCUGGGAGUGAAGUUUAAAUAUGAUGUGUAUUGCAAGGCCUGA